GCACAUUGCACAUGUACUCGUGUAAACCUCCGAGAGUUUUCAGUUUUUGUUGAUUACGAGAUGAGCGUUUAGCAGAUUUUUCCUCAAAAGUUCCCUGGUUACUCCAACAAUCAGAGUUGUUAUCUGGAUAGAAUCCGAUUGAUCUUAUUUUUAAUAGGUUUUUCUACCAUGUCGACGUCAGGAUUGAAAUCCACUGUGGAGGCGCACUACAACAGGCUGGAGCAGCGCGGGCUGGAAGAGCGGAAACAAAGCCGAAUCUAUCAUCUGCGCAGCUUCAACAACUGGGUGAAGAGCGUCUGCAUAAACGAGUCGCUGAACUUGCUGCGCCGCGGAAACGACCGACGGCGCAUCGCGGUGCUGGAUCUGUGCUGCGGCAAAGGGGGUGAUCUGAAGAAGUGGCAGAUCGGCCGGAUUAACUACCUGGUCUGCGCCGACAUGGCUGGCACAUCCGUCGACCAGUGCCGUGAACGCUACGAAGAAAUGCAUCGUAAUCCGCGGAAUCGCUGGAAGUUCGACGCCGAGUUCGUUGUGGCCGACUGUGCGCAGGCCAAGUUAUGGGAGCACUACAAUCGGCCUGAUCAGAUGUUCGACCUGGUCAGUUGCCAGUUUUCCUUCCAUUACUCCUUCGAGACGCAUGAGCGGGCCGAGAGGAUGCUGCGGAAUGCCUGCGAGCGACUGCGUCCAGGCGGCAUCUACAUUGGAACAAUUCCGGAUUCGUACGAAAUCAUGAAGCGGCUGCAACAGUCGGAAGUGAAUGGUUUCGGUAACGAAAUUUUCUCCGUGACUUUUGAUUCCAAAGAACGCCAGCCGCUUUUCGGGGCCCGGUACCAUUUCUUUUUGGAUGGUCAUGUUGAUUGCCCGGAGUUUUUGGUUAACUUCCCCUUACUGGUAGACAUGGCCAAGAAAAUCGGGAUGAAACUGCUGUACUGCUAUACAUUUUCCAAAUUCUUUGAGGAAUUUGCGGCGGUGCCUUUUUACGAAAGACUGCUGGAGCGCAUGGAUGCGUUGGAGACGUAUCCGUCGGAUCACCUGGUUGCGUCUGUUGACGAAGGCGAGUACGAAGAAGCACAGGAAGUCCUGGCCAGUCAACGAGCGAAACAAGUUGGUUGUCUCAGCCGGUCCGAAUGGGAAGUAGCGUCAAUGUAUGUGGCUUUUGCUUUCCAAAAAGAAGAUGACAACGUUUCCCACGCGAGAAGGCCGGAGACUUCGAACGCUGUUCCAGAACAACGAUCUCAAAAUCGUGGUGGUCAUCGUGAUGACAGAAAUGGUCAGCAUAGGAGAGACACUAUGAAUGGGCAAACUUCCGCAGCCAAACGAGCACGCGAGCAGUAAAAGAAAGAUACUGCAGACGAAUAUUGGAAGAUGAGCAAGCAACUGCGUGCGUCGUUUGGGCUUUACGCACUGCAUAGCGCUGCUGUUUCAAGAGGAUCCGUUUUAUGGUUACACCUCGCAAAUACACUGCGAUGUCUUGCGCGGUUUAUGUAGCACACCAAUCGCGAUCGUUAAAUUUCCGAUUCGGUGGCAUAGUGGACAAAUUCUCCAUUAAAUAGCCUAAUUAAGUUUUUCACGAUGGUCAUUUCGUGAUUUUCUGGUGGGGGAUGUUGACCUCAGUACGCCGUCAGUUUUAAACGGUGAAAUGGCUAGAAAUCCUUAGGAUGAUGUUUCCUUCUGGCUUCUGGCAAUGAUUACGCUUCUGACUGUGUUUCUACAGAAUAUGCCAUAAUGAUAGCAUGUAAUUUUUAUUAAUAAUAAUAAUUCGUGUCUGUGUUGAAACUGUUAAUAAAUUAAGUUUCCGCCCUGUCCACUAGCGUUUAC